UAAGUUGCCGAAUUUCAUACGGAUCAUGUUUUCAGUUUUAUUAUAUCCAUCCAUUGAGUUUUGAGAAUCAACUGCAGAUCAAAUCUCCGGCGCAUGAUGAUGGUGGUCUCCCUUUUUCAACUGCGGUUGCCUCCUCCUCCUCCAAUUUGCUGCUAUUCUUCACCAGCACCAAAUGAAAGACGUUAUCAUUCUACUGUUGCCGCUGCUGCUCACAAGAGAAGCAUCAAACAUGUGAAAGCUUUGUUGCACUCUGGUGAAGCAGAUUCUUCCCAUAAUAAUAAUACUAAACCAGAUGAAGAAGACGAAGAAUUCCAAGUCCUCACGGCCGUUCAAACCACUUACAACAAAAUCGUAAUUAUUGACACUCCCAAAUCAACGCUUCUUCUCCUCGACUCCACUCAUAAUGUUCACAGCAUGCUUAACAAAUCAAUUAGUAAAUGGACUGGUUCAUAUUGGGAUGAGUUUGCUACAUUGCCGCCUGUGGUUCCACCGGGUCCUAUGGCUAUUUUUGGCUUGGGUGGAGGAACAGCUGCACAUUUGAUGCUUCAUUUAUGGCCUUCACUGCAGCUCGAAGGCUGGGAGAUAGAUGGAAUUUUAAUAGAUAAAUCAAGAGACUAUCUUGGGCUGUGUGAUCUCGAGAAGCACACUACGGAUGGUGGAGUACUUAAUAUUCACAUUGGGGAUGUAUUUUCUCCGCGUGCUGCUAUUUCUGGAGGAUAUGCUGCAAUCAUUGUUGAUUUGUUUGCAGAGGGAAAGGUUUUACCACAGUUAGAACAGGCUGCUACUUGGUUGGAACUCAAUGAUAAAUUGAUGCCUAAUGGUCGUUUCAUGGUGAAUUGCGGUGCUGGUGAAGAAGGAUCAACUGCUAUGAUAUCUCAAAAUGAUGAUUCAUCAAUGGAUGACACUUGGAGAUUAAAUGCUACCAUUAGGGCCCUAUGCGAAGCGUUUCCUGGACAAGUAAAUUGGAAAAAGAUGGCAAAGAGUGCAGGCGAAAACUAUAUGGCUUUGACGGGACCUUUGCCAGAUUUGAGUACCUGGUCAGCUGCUCUCCCUAAUGAACUGAACUCAGGUGUCAAUCAGUGGCGGGCAUGUAAUUAAGUACAAUAGUUGAUCGGACAUAGUAGAUGAACUACACUGUGGGGAAGCUCCUAACUUGUUCAUCAGGUUGUGGUCGGAGUUUGAGCAGAGUAUAGGUAGCUGCACCUGCAACAGCUCCAAGCGUUGGG